CAAAUAAUGAUUCCCAAUUUAUUGCGAAUUUCAUUGCUCUGAGUAUUCAAUAAAAAAGUUUCAAUGAUUAGAAUCAGGAAAUUCUAGAUUUAUCAUAGAUUACCUUGGAAAGAUACUGUAGCUUUUAUUGUGUGAAAUAUUUUAUGACGUGACCAUAAAAUUAAUUUGUAACCAUGCCUGAAUUAAUCAAUUGAGGUGCCCACUUAUAGUGAUAAAGGCAUCAUGAAAAUUACAAGAUCAUCAAGUUAUCCAAACAGGAUUUGGCUCACCAUCUGCCAUCGAAGAAAGAAGUAUUUUGUCCUCAAAAUCGUUCUUUUUAUCACUUCCAUAUGGUUGAUCAUCGCGUCUUUCGUUCGAUUCAUCAAACUUUUCCACCAAGAAAUUGACGAAAGCCUAAUAAACUUCGAUUAUGAUUUUAUCGAUAGAGAUGAUGCUCAGUCACGGGACAAUUAUAAGUCGAUUUUCUUAGACGUACCUCAUUACAAAGAAAUGAAUCAAAGUUCUCUGGAGUUGCCAGGCUUCGGCGAUCCUGGAGAGUAUGGAGAACCAGUUACAUUGGUCAAUCUCAGUUCAAAAGAAAAAGAACUUGAGGCUGAUGGAUGGGAAAAACAUGCUUUUAACGAACAUGUUAGUAACAUAAUUUCUUUGCAUCGUCGAUUACCCGAUGUUAGACCUAGAGGGUGUAGAAAUGAGAAAUACAGUCCAAAUCUUCCAAAGACGAGUGUCAUUAUUUGCUUUCAUAACGAAGCUUGGAGUGUACUUCUGAGAACUAUUCAUAGUGUUCUUGAUCGUUCUCCGUCGCACCUCAUUCAAGAAAUUAUACUUAUUGAUGAUUUCUCUAAUCUCCCUCAUUUAGAUCAACAGUUGGAAAAUUAUGUUUCAAGUUUGAAAAAAGUGAAAAUUUUGAGAGCCAAGAAAAGAGAAGGUUUGAUUCGUUCUCGCCUAAUGGGAGUAUCAGUCGCUAAAGCUCCAAUACUUACAUUUCUAGAUUCUCAUUGUGAGUGUGCUCCAGGAUGGUUAGAGCCACUCCUACAACGAAUUUACGACGAUUGGAUGACUGUUGUCUGUCCAGUGAUUGAUACCAUUAAUGACGAAACAUUUAGGUACGAAUUCCGUGAAUCAGAAGAAUACGGUGUCGGUGGCUUCAACUGGGAUUUAGAUUUUGAUUGGAGAACUGUACCUGAAGAGGAAAUGCUAAGAAGAAAUAAUCACUGGGAACCAGUUAGGUCACCAACAAUGCCCGGUGGAAUCUUUUCUAUCAGCAAAAAGUUUUUCUACAAGCUUGGAAAAUACGAUGAAGGAUUUGAAAUUUGGGGUGCUGAAAAUUUAGAACUAUCUUUUAAGACUUGGAUGUGCGGCGGAAUUCUGGAAAUUCUGCCUUGCUCUCGUGUUGGUCACGUGUUUCGAGCAAGAAGUCCUUAUGAAUGGAAACCUGGUGAAAAUGUAUUUGAAAGAAAUACCAUUCGCUUAGCAGAAGUUUGGCUGGAUGAAUAUAAGCAUUAUUUCUAUAGAAGAAUAGGAGUUGAUACCGAAACAUUGAUUAAACAGGAAAGAUAUGGAGAUGUUACAUCUCGCAAAGAGUUAAGAAAGAAGUUAAAUUGCAAAUCUUUCGAUUGGUAUCUGAAAAAUAUUUAUCCUGAACAAUAUAUACCAAACAAUACAGUCGCUGAAGGCGAGAUUAGAAACUUGGGUCUUGAUGGUGAUAGUUGCUUGGAUGGUCCAUCCAAGGUUGAACAUCUUGGCAAGCAUUUACAGAUGUCUGAAUGUCACUCAGAGGGUGAAAAUCAGUACUUUAUUUUUACCACUUCUGGAGAAAUACGAAGAGAUCAGGCAUGCUUGGAUUAUGCUGGAGAUGACAUAAGCUUCUUUUUCUGCCAUGGUGAUAAAGGAAAUCAACUUUGGCUAUAUGAUAUAGAUACUCAAAAUAUCAAGCAUGCAACCAGUGAAAAGUGUCUGGAAAUGACAGAGAACAAAAAGAAUGUGACAAUGGAAAUAUGCAGUGAGAGUCAAAGGCAGAGGUGGAAUCUGCAAAAUUUUGAUCCAUUAAAACUAAGGCAGAAUUUAUGAUAUUAGCAUUUUUCUGCAUUAGUUUUACUACUAAAUUUUAUUACUGCACUUCAUUUAAACCUAGAUUUUCCCCGAAAUUAUGUAAUCCACACCAUAAAAAAAAAUCUCUUAGAGAUAUAUCUGUGCUCCUUUUCAUAAAUAGUUUUCAAUAAGAAUAACUUUCAAUCAAGUAAAAAACAUGUUUAAGUCACAAAAAUGCUUUCUAGUGUUGCAUCUAAUUCAAACGUUAUGUUAUUUAUGUUAACGUUGUGCUUAUUUAUGUUUGGCAGCAAUGGCAUUUAAACUCAUGCAUUAACUUUAAUUUUUAAAAUAUAUUUAACAAUAAAUUUUGAAAUGAUAUGCAAA